AUGAAAGUGAAAUUGUUUAGGGAAAGGUGUGAAGAAAUUUCUAGAAAUGCUAAAGAAGGGGUGAGAGUUGAUUUGAAAGCAAUGAAUGAAUUGACAAAAGAGGGAAAGAUCUCUAAAGGGUGUCCUUCAAUUGUUGGUCCUGUGCUUGGAGUUGAAGUUGGGGAUAGAUUUCGAUAUCGAGUCGAAUUAAGACUUGUUGGAUUACACAGGCAUUAUGAAAGAGGGAUUGAUUGGAUGGAGUUGGGUAGGAAAAGGAUUGCUACUUGUAUUGUUGCUAAUGAAGGAUACUUGGAUAUUAUGAGUGAUCCUAAUGUUUUAACAUACAUUGGUGAAGGAGGGAAAGCGCGGCCGAAGGAGCUUGAUGAGAAGCCUAAUGAUCAGGAGUUGAAGGGUGGAAAUCUUGCUCUAUGGGAGAGCAUGAUGUUAAAAAGUCCUGUAAGGGUUGUGAAGGGGUUUAAAGUGGUUCGUCGUCUUCGUGGUCGUUUGGUUCAUAGGUUUGAGUAUGUCUAUGAUGGAUUGUAUGAGGUUAACAGUGUUGAGAAGAAGAAGGGAUUACUACAGAACUUGGUGUUUGAAUUUAAGUUGUUAAGGUGCCAUGGACAACCUUCUGUUUCUUGCAGAAGAAUGAGAAAUCUAGUUUAA